AUGCUGGAGGCGCAGCCCAUCGAGGAGAAGAAGGGGGAGGCACAAACCAUUUCCAAGUAUUUACGAAGUCUUUACGGAAAUGGCGUGGCAAACAAGAAGGAUGUGAUGAAGCAUUUGAGGAGGAGGCUGUACGAUGACCCCAAGGUGGAAGAAAUUUACAGAAAGUUGAAGGAAAUUCAUGGAAAUAGCGGUAUUUGCACAGAACAAUGGAAGGAAGGCAGUUUCGCAUUCAAGUGUUACAACUGUGAAGGAGACCCAACCUGUGCCAUUUGCGCAAAGUGCUUUUUUGCAUCCAAUCAUAGGAAUCACGUAUACAGACUUACACACACAAGUGGAGGAUGUUGUGACUGUGGGGAUACGUCAUGGAAUAUAAAGGGAGCUUGUUUUGACCACCGAGGGAUGGAAGAGCAACACCUGGUCGACAAGUGCAUAUUAAAAGAGGACGUAAAAAACAGGAUGAAGGAGGACUUAGAAAAUCUAGUAGGAUCGUUAUUUAAAGAAAUAAUUCUAAAGGAUGGAUACUUCCUCUCGCUAGCCAAUGCGCAGUAUAUAGAAUAUGCGUUGGAGUUUUUCAAAGAUUUAGGUAUAACUAGUUACCUCUUCAGACAGAUCAUUUGCAACGUAUUAACAGGAGCGAAGAUUGAUUACCUGAUCAACCUGCAUUACUCCUUCUACACGGCAGUGCAGAGAGUUCUAUACUCCCUUUACCUGUCCCUUUUUGUGCACCCAUAUUUCAAACAAAGGUUUGCCUUCAAAUUGGCAAAGUAUUACAGUCUGGUGGUUCGUGUUGUAGACAGCAAAUCCUACAACGAUAACAACUACCUGAAUGGACUAACCGUACAAGUGUUGACUGUGCCAGAAAUUGCCUACACCUUAGUGGUGAAUAAUUUUCUGAACGACCUAAUAAAACUGAUCGAGGAGUUCUGCAUAUAUAAUCCAACGACCAGGUGCAUUAUGUUUAAGAACUUGCUACGCUCCGACAUUGAAGUGAUUAUCCGAAUUUGUGUCGACAUGAAAUAUCUACUCUACCACAACGAUGUGAUCAAGGUUCUUCUUUUCAACAAAUAUAUCAUUAGGAAGAUCCUUCACCUACUGUCACUUCUGCAUCGGAUGAACUCACAAAUGAGAUACACCAAGGCGCACAUAAUCUAUGAAGAUCUGUCCAGCUCCUAUGCCAUUACUAUAGAGAAUUACCUCCUUCGUGUCUUCGAACCGUUGGCAAAUUUUUGCAAAAGAGAAGCCAACGCGAAUUUUAGGAACCUCUUCCUACUGUACCAAUUGACCAUAGAGAGCAUUUGCUCUUUGAAUUUGUUUCCCUUCUCGGGGGACUCCUCCUCGGAUGUGGACACUGUUCGCCCUAAGCGAAGGAUCAAACGGGAUCGCCCCUUCUUCAGGGUCAAGAAGUGCAUCCUUUCUGCUUCCCACCGGGUUGGCCCGCAGACCGACGCGCCGGCAGGGAUGCCUAGCACUGCAACGGACAACGUAACGAAUGACCCGACGAACCAUUCUACAAACGAUGCUACAAACGGUGCAACGAAUGACACAACAAACGAUGCUACAAACGACCAGACGAAGGCCAAGCAGGAACAGCCACCGAGACGCGUGAAGCACCUGCGAUCGAUGCACUCUCCGUUGGUCCGCUUCUUCGUGAUGAUCCUAAACUUCGACGUGGUCAAAAAAUGCAUCGACGACGUGUACUGGUACAAGUACAUCUACCUGAGGGGGUUGCGAAGGAAAAAGGACAAAACAGGUAAUUCGUCUUACACACCGCCCAGGAGUGAAGCCGAGCGGACCCACAUCGUGCGUGCCUUCCUGAAAGAUUUCUACUCCGUCGAGCAAACCCCCCCAGAAACGCUCACCAAGAGGAAAGACCUCCAACAAAGGUACGAAGACGACGGGAACAAAAUAAAAAUGCGCAUUUUCCAUCGGAAGCCCUUCCUAAACGAUCUGCAAGAAGUGAAGAACGAAAAAACGAAAGCCUAUCUGGAAGAGAUGAAGGACCUAGAAGACAGAUACUUCAAAUGGGUCAUUCAAACCAUCGACUCGAAGGAGAAGGAAGAGGACGACAAAAUUUUGUACAGAAAAAAUAUUCAAGAGAAGGAAGUUAAAGUGAAGUGCAAGAAUGAUCUUAUCGAAAAAAAAAUAAAAAAAAAAGACAUAGAAUUUAAUGAAUUUUUAGAAAUAAAUUUUCAGCAAAAUAGGAGCGACAUCUACCUGAACCCAUUAUACAUCGACCUAUACAUGAGAGACGUCUUUGAAUUCCUGAACCUUUUCAACUUAAAGCUCUUAAAGUAUAUUCUCUAUGUUAACGUCCACGUGUUGACCUUCAUUUAUGAGAUAAAGUACGGGUAUUGGGUUCGCAAUGGACCACAGAUGACCUUCCAGGUGAACGAAUACGAAACGUCCUUCUUCUUCCAAAGUGACUUAAUAGGAAUCCAGUUUGCCAUGAUCAUGAUGAACCUACUACCCUUAUAUGAAAAGCAGACAGUUAAAAUAGAUAAGGGUACAAAAACUAUGAUGAGGAAAUUGUUCAGUCAGUACAUCGGUUCGGACGGACGUGUUGCCGACGACUCAGUGCUGCAUGGGUUCGUAUCUGGGACGGAUAGCAGCUCCAAGGAAGAGUUAACCAAACCGGGAGAACCGUUCGUGUGUGGUCAUAUAGAGAGGACAAUGGAGCAGGGGGGAAAUCAGCCCGGUGGAAUAUGCAACGAUAUUGCCCACCAUGAUGAGGACCUCCCAACAGAGGAACAGAGCCUAAUAUAUGGAAAGAGGCAGCCGCAGGGAGGAGAGAAAAAGGAAGAAUCCAGCGCAGUAUGUGGAGACGACACAGCGGAAUGUACCUACCGAAGACAGAGUGAUCUUACCAAAGUGGUGAACGAAAAGCAGAGAAUAGACUUCGACUCGGUAUACAGCUUUUUAGGAAGUUACGCGCUUCAACGUGCGGGGGAGGAAUCCUCGGUUGUAGUGAAGGAGGCGGAUGGGAAUAACCCUUCUAACGGUGCCCCCCGCAAGCAAAAAUGGAACGACUACGUGAAGCAAUUCAUGCAGGAAAAGAUAAGUAACCCCUUUGUGAUCCUCUACCAGCUUAUUUUUAAAACGUUUAGACUAAACCUAAACGUGAAAAAUGAGCAGGACAUCUACAUGGAGGUUCAAAUUCAUCACAUGAAAGUGGUGCACCGAAUUUUCGAGGACAUCUACACGGGAAAGUUAAGCAUAGACUCUAGGAGAAUAAAUCACGUGUUCUUUUUUCAACUGUUUUACGACCUGUUGGUGCGGUUAUUCAACGAGCUGUACUACUUCGAGUUUAGUAACAUCCCCAGGAAGACUUCCCAGGAAAAAUAUAAAAAGAGAGGAAAGUACUACGUUAAGAAGAUACUGAUACAGCUGUUGGCUUCGAAGGAUUUUCAGUAUUUCCAACUGGAGGAUGAAUUCCCCAAGCAGUUUAGACACCACCCCAGUUUCUACGAACUGACGAACAAGUAUGGCUACACCACGCACAUGCCCAGAAGCAACGUCAACUUAAUAAAACUGAAUAAGAGCGCUUGGUUCCUGUAUGAUGCUUUUUGGCCCAUUGCAAAUUAUAAGGACUUCCAGUCGGCUAAUGAGAAGUGUAUCAAGGAGGAGAAAGCGUCUUAUAUCGGUUGUUCCAGACAAGAGGACAACGAAUACAUGAACUUUUCCUUCGUAAAGGUGCAGAACCUGCUGUUCUACGCCUUCAAGCGAAGCUGCCUCGUCCCCAUGCUCAUCACCAUUUUUGUUGUCAACGAGGAUUUCCAACGGAGGGCAGAAGCCGCUAGGGGGGAUGAAUCUGAUCAGGGCGGCACGGACCGUGGUGCCGUUGCCACGGUGGACGGGUCAGCCGAAGCUGCAACCCCGCAGCGUAACGAACCGACAGAUGUAAACGUGGCGGCCAAUGCACAGGCGAACGGUGCAUUAAACGAAGGGGAAAACGGAGAGGACGCCCCAAAUGGCGACAAUGACAACAAUGGUGACAAUGACGACAAUGCAGACAGUGAGGAGUUUCCCCCCGGGGCCUUCGUGCUGAACGAGGUCGACCUGUACAAUUUGCUCAGUCAGGGGGAAGGCAACGGCACUGGUGAGGAGGAGCAGGGCAGCGGAGAGGGGGAGGACGAAGAAGCACAGGCAACAUUCCAAGGUGGAGCAUCCCCUGAAGAGGCAUCCCCAGGGGGAGAAGAAAACGGUGUAACCAGCACAAACCCGCAGGAGAAUAAUCCCCCCACUGACAGCAACACCUCCACGACGCGCCGAAACAACAACACCUACAUAAUAGUAGAUGACAACGGAGAGAACGAAACGCUUUUCGCAGAAAUAUUAAUCAGUCGUAAUCUGCACAACUCCAUUAACAUGGAAAUCGUGAACGUAACAGACAGCCACGUAGGGGAAGGACAAACGAACAGAACCUACAGACAACUAAACGCAGAAGGACUUUCCGAGAUAAUUAGCGACAUCAUAAGUGAGAACAAUAUGAUUAAUGACGUGAUUGUAGAAUCCAUUCUAGAGAACAGAUCAGGAAUAAGAUACCUCAACCAGGGGAGGGAUCAGGAAGGAAGAAAUGUGGAUGACAACAUUUCUGUAGAGGACUACACAUCGAAUGAAGAAUUGAAUAUAACCCCUGUCGAAGCGAUGAACCCGUUACAGUUAAACUUGUCUGGUGGGAGAAGGGACAGUGAUCGAAACGGACGUCCACCUGGACGUUCCUUUCCAUCCACCCCGAGUAAUAGUAGCCUAAAUAGUACAAUCGAUAUUUUCAUUAAGCUUAUUAAAUUGCUUAGCAUAAUCAUGGAUGCGGCUCACCCGUUUAAGUACCUGAACGGGUUCUACUACUCCAACUGCACCUCUCUUGGGAGUCACUCAGACGACCAAUCAGAUGGUUACUCGGACGACCAUUCGGACGAUCUUUUGGAUGACCAUUUGGAUGACCAGGCGGGGACAGAAGACAACUGUGAAAAGCGGUUCGAGCAAAGCAGCGACGUUUUGAAUGAGGGUCAUACCCCUGAAGGGGCGAACCCAGAUGAGGAGAAUCCCACUUUGCUAGAAGGCGCAAAAGAGAUGGAAACAAAAAGUGCACCAUAUGGCCAAGUGGCAACAAGAGUAUCCUCCAAAGGGGCCAAUCCUAAUACCGAGCAGAUGCUUAUUUUUGAUGAGAUCCAUGUGCUGAAGAGGGAACGAAGGGGAAAGCGCCGCACAGGUGAAGACACACCGUCGAGUGGGGUAGUCGGCUGUGCAUCUGGUUCAUGUGAUGCAUGUGGUGCCCCCCCAGUAGGAAACGAAUCGAACUCUCAGACGGAGCAAAAGACGGAGAAGAAGAGAACGUACGCGCUGAACAAGGCGGCCGUGCAUAACCUGAUCAGAAGCAUGAGCAACGUCAACUCGAACGAAGACAAAUGUUUCCAAAAAGUGAGGAACACCAUAAUUACCAGGAUGAAGGAGCUCCUAUCUGAGAACUACGAUUGUAAAAAUGUAAGCAGCGGUAAUCAGUUUAUUGAGGUUGCGAAGCAGAGGCAACAGGACCUGCUCAAAAUGAUGCAGGAUCAGCAACUCAAGUUCAGCCAGUUCCUGGAGGAGGAGUUGGACUCGGAUGAAGACAUUUUGGAGGAGGCGGGUGGUGCAUUGACCGACCAAGUGGCAGGCGAGGAGACAAGUGAAGUGACAAGCGGACCUAGUGCAGUCACAGAUGUCACCGCAGUUACCGCCGCUGCAAAGAAGGAAGAGGCAAGAAGCGCCAGGAAAGAGAAAAAACCGGACGACCCGGACGAUGUCGCCAACUGUGAAUACGAAAAGUCGAAGGAGAAGAAUUGCAUCUGUGUACUCUGCAAAGAAGGAAUGACCAGGAACAACUUGCUGGCCUACAUCUGUUUUGCAUCCCACUCGAAUCUGCUAAAAAAAAUUAUAAAAAAAAAUAAAGUUGCCUUUCCAUGUAAACACCCAGCUAUAUACACCUGUGGCCAUUUCAUCCAUAUGACCUGCCUGCACAACACGAAAAUUUUUCCGUCCAGGAAUGCUCAAUCGCAGACUUCCAGUCCAACGAAGUAUGAGUUUACGUGUCCUCUGUGUAGGUCCAUAGCCAACUGCUUCGUGGUUUACAUUCCCAAGCGGUAUGUGUCCCAAGGGGACAGUUACAGGAUUUAUGACUGUUGCGAGCGUGAGUUGCUUCUCGACCAUUCGAAUAGGAACUUGGCUGACUUACUCAGGAGGACGAACAGGGUGGAGGAGCUGCCUGAUGAGCAGCCCGAACCCAAACUCAAAAAUAGAGACGACACGGGAACCUCAACCGGUGUAGAACCCCCCCAUGGAGGCCUGAUCAGCAGUACGGAAGAGCACGAAAUGGAUGACAAUGCGUCUGUCGCAUCGGAGCGAUCCUUCUCCUCGUCGACGUCGGCCAAUGGAGCCCUCGACAGUGACAUCCCGGAAGAGUUCCACUUCAAAUAUAUGCGUAAAGGAAAAAAGAAUAACUCCAAAGAGAAGGCGAAAUAUUUUACAGAAGAGAAGAAAGAGUUUGUCCCGAACAGCUCCAGCCACAACGUCACAUACAACCUGUACGAUGAGAAUAAAGUGGGAGAUAUGUUUAAUGUACGUUUUAAAAAGUUGGUGAGUAGACGGGUUCUAAAUGGGUUCUUGUCAUAUGAAAAUUACGAGCUGAACAAGAAAAUGAUUUUGAGGGAGAUUUACCUCAAUGAGGGUGGCAUGUACGACGAGCUGUACCACAAGGGGGAGGAUUCGCAGCGUUCCUCGUCGGGGGGCACCAACCCAAGUGGGGAAAUCACCCCCACAGGGGAAGUCAUCCCAAGUGAGGAAGUUAUCCCCCCCUUGGGGACCAGCGGAACAGAACUGUACCUGCACAAGAACACACUGAACUAUGGAAACCAGGAGUUCACCUUUUCCUACAAAAACUCCAACUUCUUUUACCGGUACCGAAAUGGGUUCUUGGCCUACUACGUGAGUGUGCCCUUGAAGUAUAUAAAGCAGGUGGAGUUCUUCAUGGUGAGGGAUAAUCACUUAGCUCAGUCGUCGCCAGCCGAAUGCAAGCAAUUUUAUUUCACCGCGAAGAUUGACAAGACGGAGGAGGGGAAGAAGGCAGUGGAAGAUGAAAGUUCCGAAGGGGUGGAUGUGAAAGAAGAACCUGGCACGAAGGAAAACGUAGAGGAGGUCAUCCUAAAUUACCACUUGGAUAGAACUCUCCUAGAUUUUAUAAAAAGUAAUUUAAAAAAUGAGGGAUCGAACAUUGAAGAGGCCAUUCAGAAGUACGAACUGCCGUUGAGUAGUUAUACCUCCUCAUCGAAUGGACAGGUAAACCGUCUGAAGGAGGAGAUGCCAGAUGAUUACAGUGAUCACCAUGAACGUCAGAUGGAGAAAAGACCAAAGAUUGAAUCGGAAGUUACUACAAAUUUGGAUGGCAAGUCGGUGCAUGGUGCUUUAUCAGACUAUGUAGCUUCCGUUGGUGCACCCAGUAGCAAGGUCGACAUGGGUGCUACGAAUGAAGACGAUAAGAAAGGCGAAGCUAAUGGGGAACCGCACACGGGGGAGAUCCCCCCCUCCAGUGAGGCGAAUGUUUCUUCUAAUGUGGAGGAGGAGAUUUCCAGAAGUGUUGACCUCCCGAUUGGUAAGGCACCAGAAUCUGCGCUCGAAUCAAAGGGUGAUGGAAUUGGCUCCACUUUGGGGAAGGAAAGGAAGAAGGAGAAGUGCCUAAAGAGGAGAAGCGGGAGAAGGACGAUCAGAACGAUACACUCCGGGGAAAGAGAGGAGGACACGAAAGACGUGGAACAAGACAACCAAUCGACAAAUGCAGCAAAAUUUCAGUAUAAAUGCACGGCAAAGCAUUUUAAAAGGCAUAACACUUAUAGGAGGCACCUAAAUGUUGGUAAAAGCUGGGAUGGAGUCAUAAGUACGAACAAGAGAUACUACGAGUUGUAUAAAGAUACGCUACAGAAUCAGAAGCUAGAACCCCUUUUCGACAUGAAAGCGUUAAGGAUGUGCAUCAUCCAGUUGGGACUGAUCACUGAAACGUCGUGGAGGAUCUUCCACCACAACAACGCUACGUUUUCCACGCUACAGAAUCAUUCAAGGAAUUAUAAAAAGCUAAUCGACUUUGAGUAUAACCACAAGAAUCAGGAUCAUUAUGAAGACAUCGACAUUGAAGAGGUAGGAGUGAAGGAUGUGAUGAGCUUGUACGAGACGGUGGAGCUUUACCCGGACUUUCUACAAGAUUGGAAGUGCGUCGAGUUUGUAAAUAGGGAGGAGAUUCGUCGUCUGAGGAGGGAAGAUUUAUUUUUUGUAAACCGAGGGUACUACGCCAGAUGCAAAAGGGAGCGCCGCAGAGGGGGUGGAGCGAUCGAUUUGGGAGGUGUCUCCGUUGGAACAGGGGCGUCAACGGGCAUCUCGUCAAAUGCGUUGGCCAACGCGUUACUAAACGUGGUGUCGAACGUAGUAGGGAACGCUUCCCCGAUUGUGGGGCAGACCAACCUACACCCAACUGAAGAAAAGAAGAAGAAGAAAAAAGUGAGAAGAAAAUGCGACGCCCUAAAUAUCAAAUUCUGGAGAAACAUCAACACCGCGAUUGAGAUGGACAAGCUGCAUUGGAUACUCUACAACGAAAUAUUAGUUCACCUCUUCUACAAAAAUAUAAACUACGUGUCGUGUAAUAACCUGAUCGAAACACUGGUGCGUAACUUCUUCCUUCACAAGCAUGAAUUGAACAUCGUAAAGGAGAAGAAAAUUUCCAACCUGUUUAAUCUACAGCUGUGGAAGAACCUAUACAACGUUUCAUUCGAUUAUGUGUACCCCUAUCGAUUCACCGAUCAUAAUUACAAACGUUUUUUCAACAAGAUAAAAAAUGCACACCUGCUGAAUAAGCUAGCCAUGGUGCCAUUGUCAGUAGACGUCUUAAGACUAUUCAUGCAUUUCUUCCUGAAUCAGUUGCUUCACACCCCAGCGGAGAUUCAGCACUUUAUCUCCAUUUCGCUAAGCAUUUUAAGCUUCCAAAUUAUGAAUGAAGUGUUCAUAAGAGAAAUCUCAAAAUCCUACGUCAGGUACAUUUUUUCAUCAUUUUCACCUGAACAAGUUAGGCAAAACUUUGAAAAUAUUGCCAAAUAUGUUUGUAUAAAUUUGGAGGAAGGAACUUAUCCCACGAAGGCAGGCAACACCACAUGUGCAUAUAUAAGCGAGUCCAUGCUGAAUCACGAAAGUUGUGUGAACGCACCACCUUCCAUUAAACGGAAUGAUGACGAGAAGGACGACACGGAAAAGUUUGACGACGAGGAGAAGAUACAGUACCAAAUGUUUCAUACGUUCAUAUUUGACCAUUUCGUUGGGGAGGACAUUCCCAAUGAGCAAGAGGGGGCAGACUCACCAAAUGACCAACCAAGCGUAAACAACUCCUCUGGUGGCGCCCCAAUCAAGGGAAAGGAACCACCCCGUCGGGAAAGGGACAAAUGGAUGGACCGGAUAAAUCCCAUGGAGCUGUUCCAGGAAGUGAAGAAACUCUCGUACCAUUUUAACCAAGCAGAGAUAAAACUGUUGAAGGAUUGUAUCCAGCAGAAUGAUAUCCUUGCGGGUUGCACACAUGGAAAGGAAGAAAAUGUUGAAAAAUCGCCUGAACAAGCAAGGCGAAAAAUAGGGCACACAUGGGAGGAAACGCAAAGAGAAGAUAACCAUUCCGAUGGGUUGGAAAAAACUAAACCGGAUGAAGCGAAUAGGGAGAAAAAGAAAAAACUGUUCAUUUUACACGAAACGAUGAAAAAGCUAGUGCAAAUGAACGAAUUUAAGAGGAAGACAAAAAAGUUGAUGCUUCUGUUAUGCGAAAUGAACGAUGAGUAUAUGAAGCAUAUGUACUUUAAUGGGUCCAUGCCCAUAAAUAUUUUUUUAAGUACCAACUUUACCAAGUAUGAUCAGUUUUUCAAGGAGUACUAUCCAUUUGUGUAUAACAGAAGGAGGAACUCCAAGUGGGGAUCCUUCCAUGUGUUAUAUGAGAACAGGCUUCCUCAUAUGAGGGAGAGCAAGAAGGGGCCCCUCAUGAAAAACAAAGCUGUGAUGAAGAGGGACUAUAACUACUUGACCAGUAGCAGCAGCGGUUGUGGAAGUGGAAGUGGAGGAGCAACCCAGAUGGAGAACGAAUCGAACCAAUACACGUGUAAGAGUCCCCCAGGAUGCACGAGCAGCUACAAGAGAGACAUCUUCGAAGAGCAGGAGGUACAGUCCAAAUCGUUGGGAAGCGCAGCAAUGAGUAACUCCAGAGAAGGCUUAUUAACUGCGGCAAAGUUACACGCCAACAGAUCGACUGAAUAUUUGGAGGAACCUCAUUUGCCAAACGAGCUGAACCUCUUUAAAUACAAACUGUAUAACACAGCUAAUGAAGAAAUCAGUGACCAUUACCUGACCAACGGCGCAGAAGAGAAUUCCUUCGACCCCAAAAUGAAGAACCACGAUUUUGAAUUUAGACACGUCAAUUUGGUGAGUCAACUUAGAUGCAAAUUUGAAGACGUCCCUUACGUGAACCACCUGUUCUAUAUGUACAACGUUUACCAGAACCUGUUCAGUCUAAGGGUUAUUAAGAGAAUCCACGAUAUGAGGGAGAAAGAGGCAGAAAUUCUAUCUGAGCAGUUUCUCUUAACCCGAGUAGGUGAUGACAUUGCAGAUGGAGUUCCAGCAGAAGUGAACUUCUCUGAUGCAAGUUUCAACAGCAAUGAGUCCAUUCAUUUUUCAGAUAAGGAAUCCACAGGGGAGAAGUGCCACAAGUGUGAAGAAGAAGACAGGUACGAUGAAGGUGGAGUCACAGCGGAUGCUAUAACCGCCUCGUUUGGUGUGCUCAACGAAAUACUGGACGUGGGGGAAUUAAUAAAAGACAUGAAAAAAAGUAAAAAAAGGAGGAGGAAAAUAAAAAAAAAUAAAUACGCAGAUGAUCUGCUUGUGAAUUUCUUUCACAAAUCGGUGAAGAUGGUAAAGGGGGCCAAAAAUCAAGAUGGAAAGGAGAAGAAGGGACUACUAACAACCCUCGGGGGAAGAAAAUCUUCGGGUGGUACAUCCAUUUCUUCUGCGUUGGGCACCUUCCUACAACGUGAUAGCAAAUCUGCGUCACAAGUGCAGAAUAGCAGAGAAGACGGGGCUGAAAACCCCCCUGCCGAUGUGUUCGUGGACCCCCACGAUAUGAAACGGGUGGACAUCUCCCAAAUGGUGCAGCCGGACAAAGGGGGCAUCAUUCAAAAUGCGGAAAACAUGCUGAAUGACCGGAUCGAUGGAUAUGACAGCUGUGGAGGGGAUCGCCCAAACGGGGGAAGUCACACUGGUUGUCACGCUUACUCCACGUCGGACACGUCUGACACGUCUGACUCCUCCUUCAACAGUCAGGGAAGUCUAGACUUCCGAUCCCUGCACGAUGAAAACGCCUCCAGCAGCGAUCUGGACAACACCCUAUUCAGACGAAGGAUACACGAGAAGAACAACCCCCCAGAUUCAUUUGUAGAUUUCAUGACGAGAAAAAAAUACGCCAGCAUGAAAAAUAAAUUGAAAAACUGCAAAAUGGACUUCUACAAAUAUAAGGACGUCAACAAAAUGCUCAGGUACCACAUGUUGCUAAAGGCUAAUGGUCUAAACAGAACCUUUUUCUAUAACAUUAGGAGGAUAUACAGCUAUGUGUAUAACCUCUACGACUUCAUACCCCUGUACUUGGUGCAGAAUAUUCUUCUUCAUUUCCAUGGGGGGCAAAAGGAAGCGAGAAAAUACUACCAUGUUGGUGAUACGUGUGGUGGUUCUACUCACCCGGAGGAUGGAGAGUACCAGUUUAGUAAAUACACCGACGCUUUCUUCAGGACAAAGAGGUGGAAAAGGAAGUAUGCCAAGCAUAGGGAUCGAAUUAACGGUUACCAUGCGAAAGGGGAAGGUACAGGCACAAGUGUAGUGAGGACGGAUUACCGCGGUGGACACGAGUCACGCAGUAGUAACCCCGCAGAGGGAAAACCAACCCGAGAAGAAGUUUACAAAGAUCCAUCUGAGGGAGUGCCCCAUUUUGAUUCCACACAGAGGGAAACAUUCGGGGAACUACCCACAGAUGCACCCACCGAUGCUCCCGAGGAGGCCAACCGAAAGGGAAGCGAAAAAGAUUCGAACAGCACGUCGUACGAAGUUAACAAGAAAAUAAAAACGCAGCACAGCAGUAGCGGAAAGUCGGAUUCCAUGACGAGUCUGUUCGGCGUGGGGGGUAAGGAGGAUCCCCAGGCAGCAAGGCCCCACGGAGGUUCAAGCGGCGUACGAAGCGGUGUGGGAAGUUCCUCACCGAGCGAUUGUUUUUCGGGUGCUUCUGCAAAGACACGGGGAAGUAAGAGGACAGGCAGACGCUCAUUCCAUGCCGGUGACCUGAACGGAGAGCACCUCCUAAGCGUGAAGAAAAUUUUCUAUAUAUUUUACCACUACCUCAAGAGUAACCAUUUCAUCGACGGUAAAAACCCGUGCACCAAACUAUACAGGAGGUUUCUAAAGAACUACAUAAAGUCGGCAAACGUGUACCUUCACUUCGUGGCCUAUAUGUUGUUUUCCAUUUACGACUGUAACGCCUUAGCGAAGAAGUACUUGGACUACAUCCACCUGCACAGCGAUCUAGGAAAGUACAACAUUUUCCUCCACAUGCUUAAUGUGAACCCGCAGUUCGAUCAGAUAUACACAUACCCGACCAUGCAGCUGAUUUUUCAUCCCUACUUCUACCAGAUGUAUCAGAUGUAUAAGUAUCUGAAAAUAGAUGCAGAACCCGUUUUGCCUCACCAUUUUUAUGAGAACCUAGACAAGUUCAUUUCGUCGAGCUCUCUAUUCCAACCGAGCAGAAAUUACUUCACCAUGAUUAAGAGGUACUUCAAAAGCAAGUGCGUUAACUGUAGCAAAUCGCCUACCAUCAUCCUCAUUUGUCUGUUUUGCGGAUCCACCAUAUGUUUGCAAGAGAGCGAUAAUGUGCGUAUCCCCCUGUCCGAGUCGAUUGGAAAGUGCGGCUACCACACCACCAUCUGCGGCGGGGACCAGGCCCUCUACUUGUGCCUGAACGUCUCAUCGGUUCUCUUCUCGAGCGAGCACCGAUUCGGCCUCGUCAGCGGCCCCUACGUGGACAAAAACGGAGACGUCGAUCCGAGACUCAAGCGAGGAAAGAACCUCUACCUAUCCCCGCACAAGAUGAACCGGAUAUACGAGAUCAUCGUGAACUCGGCAGUGGACGUCGAGAUCUACAAGCAAACGCAGAAGUCGGAUUGA